AGUUCUCCCUUCUCCCUGGCCACUUUAAUAAUAACGACGCGGGGCUGAUCAGCGGCUGCGUGACUCGGCCCGGGCGGGGUAGCCUGCGGAGCCGAUACCGCUUUGCGCCGGGGAGCGGAGGGACUGGGGCUCCGAGGGCGCCUUGGCCCCGCCGGUCCUGGGACUCGAAGCUCCAGACGGGAACGUCGUUGCCGGGAGAGGAGGAUUGGCUGCUGAGGGGCCGCGGGGGCGGAUCCUUAGGGGGGCGGGGAGUGUCCGGGACCCCCGGCGGAGGCGAUACAGUUUGGAAGAUGGGGAGAGAAGAGCGGCGGUGCCAGAGGAGUCCGUGAACAGAGCCUCCCUGCCCGGCGGAGCAAGCCUCCCCCGGACCGAGGCAAACGUGCGCAGCGCGCACUUCCCGUGCUCGGCCCCCAGCCUCCCUCGGGGUAGUGCGGGCACCGCCUUCCUCCUGGGCUACCGGUACCGGCACACCUUGCUCCUCCUGGGGCCCCGGGAGCCUAACGGGCUUCCUCAGGACGUUGCCUUUCUCAGCCAGACCUGAGCAUCCACUUCAAUGAUCCAGAAAUCCCGGGCCCCGCUACUCAAAACUCAGGAUGUUGGAGACCGAGUGGAAACUCUUAUGUUGCAUCCUGCCAUAAAGGCCUUUCUCUGUGGUUCCAUCAGUGGGACCUGUUCCGCUCUUCUUUUUCAACCUCUGGAUCUGCUUAAAACCCGACUGCAGACUCUCCAACCAGCACAUCAUGGGUCAAAACGCAUUGGAAUGGUAUCUUUGUUCCACAAGGUUGUUCGCACAGAGAGUCUGCUGGGACUUUGGAAAGGGAUAUCGCCAUCCAUUGCAAGAUGUGUCCCUGGAGUUGGGAUCUACUUCGGGACUCUCUACUACAUGAAGCAGUGCUUUCUCGUGGGGCAGCCCCCUACAGCCUUUCAGUCUGUCAUGCUCGGUAUCGGCUCCCGGGCUGUUGCAGGCGUCUGCUUAUUACCCAUCACUGUGGUGAAGGCGAGGUAUGAGAGUGAGAAGUAUGGUUAUGAGAGCAUCCAUGGUGCCCUGAAGAACAUCUAUCAAACAGAAGGGCACAAGGGCUUGUUCAGGGGAUUGACAGCCACACUCCUCCGCGAUGCACCCUUUUCUGGGAUCUACCUGAUGUUUUACAACCAGACCAAAAAGCUUGUAAUGAAAGAUGAAUUGGACACUUCCCUCAUUCCCUUUGUGAACUUCAGUUGUGGGACCUUUGCUGGUGUUCUGGCAUCAUUGGCAACUCAGCCUGCAGAUGUUGUCAAAACACACAUGCAGCUGUCGCCGGAGAAAUUUCAGAGCAUUAACCAAACCGUCACAGUCAUCUUCAAAGAUUAUGGGCUAGUCGGGUUCUUCCAUGGUGGUGUUCCCCGUGCCCUUAGACGUACUCUGAUGGCGGCGAUGGCAUGGACUGUCUAUGAAGAGAUGAUGGCUAAGAUGGGUCUGAAGUCCUGAAAGAAUGGAAGGAAAAAGGAUGGAAUUAGCCUAUUUCCACCACCCUGCCCCCACUGAGAAACGGUGUUGUCUGUCCAUUUUGGGUAAAGAUGAAGUUUCUAAUCCAGAAGUCCAGGAAGAACUGAUUCACUUCUGCAGUCAGUAUUUAAAGGAAAUGGAAGUAUUUGACCAUUUGAAGCACUCCAAGGGGCCCCUCUUGCCAGUAAACUGACUUUGGGGAUGGGGUGAAGGUUUUUGUAUACCAUGCAGAUCUACCUGUUGAUGGCCUGUGGUGUCCAGAAAGAUGUCCCUGUAGAAUACUUCUACUUGAGCCACCUAUGUGCAUCAGAACGGGCAGGAGAGGCACUUGUGACUGUAUGGUCAUGCCUGUUUUCCUGUGCUGAGAAUUUCUUUGAAUUGCAAUGUUAAUUUAUUGAGUGUUUGAUGAGUGGACAAAAGAGCCUUGCUGUAGCCAAUUUUGGUUUUUGGCAAACAAUAAUGGAGAAAAGAAACCCUUGUUUUCAUUGGGUCCUCAGUACUUGUUCUGAAGGAUGGGUCAAUUUGGUCUCCUAGUUGUUCCCCAUCAAGUCAGUUCACUUCUGUUUUGGCUUAGAAAGAACAUGUUAUUUCAGCCAGGCUCCAAACUAGUUAAACAGGUCACUUUGACGUUUUCAGCAGCUAAUGCUGGGAUUUAUGAAAUCAAGCACUUUGUCAUUCAUGUUAUGGAAAGCUGUUUAGACUACUUAGCUUUUAUUGUCCCCUUGUCUUAGAAUGCUACAGCUCUGUCAGGAAGGCAGCCAUCUUUCUGAUCCAGUGCUUGUUGUAAUGAAAACUGCCUUCUGACUCCCUUUCAGGCUAUGAAAACUUUUUGUGUUCCCUACUGUGAAUUUGCCAAAGCAAUAGACCCAAAGACCCUUUUCAAGAGGGAAGGUAUACAGACUCAGUAUUAUCAGUCUAGAUGCAUCUUUUCACUGAAUUGCCCCUCUCCACUGCCAUGGAAGACUCAGAACUGCUUUUGCAGAUUUCCUUAAAGGCUUAACUCAGGUACUUUCCCAAACUUGUGGUAUUAAAGGGGACACAGACAACCAAGACUACUUAUUCAGAGGUUAUAUAACUCUUAGAACUUUCUAUUGUGUUUCAUGUUAAAAUACCUAUCCUUGAUGGAUAAUAAGUAUUGGCUGGGGUGAGGGUGUGGGGGGGUGUCUUUUUUCACCUGAGGAUGCUGAUGCAUUGUUUUCUCUUAUCCCCUAAUUUCACACAAGCCUCUACAGCCUUAUUCCUUUGUGUGCCAUGUCGUUAGGAGAGGAGGAAUAGGCCUAGCUCUUGAGCAAUCUGAAAGGCAAGGCAGGUUUUGGUUUUGGUUUUUGUUUUUAAAUAAAAAGCAGUUUACCCUUAUCAUGGCACUUUAUUUUAACAAUAAUUUGGGUGAAGUCAGAUUAAAGUUGUAAGGGAUAGGAUGUACCAUGAUUCUAAUUUUGGCAAAUGUGAUGAGCCCCUUGGGUCAGUGAGAGGUUAUAGAGUUAUUGAUUACACUUUCCCCAGGCCCAUAUUAAAUGUACCUCUUGUAAUCUGGUAGAUACUUAAUGCGUCUUCCCUUCCCUUUCACCAAGGAGUGACACAAUUUGCUUCAAAGCUUAUUUGACCUGGUUGAUUGUGGUGAAGUUCUUCAAGGCUUGUAUUUGAUAUGUUUACAUCCUGAGAAAGAAAGAAAGCUGUCUUGGGAAUCUGAUUCGUAUUUCUCCAAUGUGCAUGAUUUCAAAGCUGGUAAAAUGUAACUGACUAAAUAGAGUCUUGACUCCACAUGUUGCUUGUGUUUCUGGCGUUAUAUCAAAAUAAAACUUAAUGGAAAUGAGAGAAAUUGGAAACCUUACGGGUUUAUAGACUGUGGGAAAGAGCUAACACUGCGCAGGUGGUUCUCUUGUUCUGUUUCUCCUCUUAUCCACAAAACCUUAGUAUGGGGAAAUAAAGUUCAUUUCAUUAGUCAAUUACUUGGCUAAUAAAAUUCAUCAAAGUUU